GAAGCUCUCUGUCUAAAUCUGGAGAUCCCAGCUGAUGCUCCUUUGGUAUAUGAGGUUCUUGGUAGAGUGAGCAGUGUAAGGAUGGCAACAAGAGGAGCUCUGGAUCUCCAGAAAUGAUUAAGUCCUUUUGGGUAUGAAAUAUGAGAGGCGGAUCCUGUUUAUCCUACGUGCCUUUUUCCUAUGAGAAGGAGAGCAAGGAGAAAAAAACAGUCUUGCUGGUUUUUAUGUGCUAAAGUCCAGUUAAUAAACUGUUGGGUGCUAUGUUGUCCUUCCAGUAGUAUUGACUGACAUAGGAUCAUUAGGCAAAGCUGUGAGAGAGACAAUUCCUCUGCUAUGUGCAGUAUGGGGACUUGGUCUCCUGCCCCUGAGCCACUCCAGCCAUGACUAAAAGGGGCCAAAAUACAGCUUGGGCUGUGGCUUCAGAGGGUGCAAGUCCCAAACCUUGGCAGCUUCCAUCUAGUGUUGAGCCUGAGGGAGCACAAAUGUCAAGAAUUGAGGUUUGGGACCUUCCACCUAGAUUUCAGAAGAUGUAUGGAAAUGCCCAGAUGUCUAGGCAGAAGUUUGCUACAGGGGCAGGGUGCUCAUCGAAAACCUCUGUUAGAGCAAAACCGAAAGGAAAUGUGGGAUCCAAACCCCAACACAGAGUCUCCACUGAGGCGCCGCUUAGCGGAGUUGUGAGAAGAGGGCCACUGCCCUCCAGACCCCAGAAUGGUGGAUCCAUCAACAGCUCAUACCAUGGGCCUGGAAAUGCUGCAGACACUCAAUGCCAGCCCAUAAAAGCAGCCAGGAGUGGGGCUGUAUUCGGCAAAGCCACAGGGUCGGAGCUUCACAAGGCCACAGGAGCCCACCUCUUGCGUCGGCAUGACCCAGAUGUGAGACAUGGAGUCAAAGGAGAUCAUUUUGGAGCUUUAAGAUUUGACUGCCCUGCUGGAUUCUGGACUUGCACGAGGCCUGUAGCCUCUUUGUUUUGGCCAGUUUCUCCCAUGUGGAGCAACUGUAUUUACCCAAUGUCUGUACACCCAUUGUAUCUAGGAAGUAACUAACUUGCUUUUCAUUUUACAGGCUCAGAGGCAGAAGGGACAUACCUUGUCUCAGAUAAGACUUUGGGCUAUGGACUUUGGAAUGCUGAAAUGAAUUAAGCCUUUGGGAGACUGUUGGGAAGGCAUGAUUGGUUUUGAAAUGUGAGGGCAUGAGAUUUAGGAGGGGCCAGGGGCAGAAUGCUAUGGUUUGGCUCUGUGUCCCUACCCAAAUCUCAUCUUGAAUUGUAUCCCAUAAUUCCCAUGUGUUGUAGGAGGGAUGCAGUGGGAGAUAAUUGAACCAUGGGGGCAGCUUCUGCCAUACUGUUCUCGUGGUAGUAAAUAUUUCUCACGAGAGCUGAUGGUUUUAUAAGGGGUUUCUGCUUUCGAUUCUGUCUCGUUCUCUCUCUUGCUACCACCAUGUAAGAAGUGACUUUUGCCUUCUGCCAUGAUGGUGACGCCUCCCUAGCCACUUGGAACUGUAAGUCCAUUAAACCUCUUACUUUUGUAACCCUGUUACUUUUGUAACCCUCUUUCUUUUGUAACAGUCGCAGGUAUGUCUUUAUCAGCAGCGUGAAAAUGGACCAAUACACACAUAAAUUCAAAUGUAGUUAGAGAUAAAGAAAAACAUUUUAUAGUAAUUAAAAGGAUAAUUUUUAAUACAACGUAACAGUUUUAAAGUAUACAUAACUAAACACAAAACACUAGAAUGAGUAAAACAAACUGAAUACAAUUGAAUAGAAAAUUAAUAAUUGGAGAUUAAAAUAUUUUAUUAAUAGACUGAACAAAUGUGAAGAUCAGCAAGGAAGUAAGAGACUUGAACAAAUUAUAAGCCAUCUAUACCUAACAGACAUCCAUAGGAUACUCAAUCUAGUAGUAAUAAAAUAGAAUUUGUUCUCAAAUGCACAUGAAACCCUAUUAAAUAUAAAACAAAAUCUUUAACAAAUUUAAAAUAAUUGCAUGAAAUAGCUUCUUCAACAACAAUCGAGCAAAAUUAUAAACAAAGAAGGCAAUUUGGAAAUUCACAAAUAUGUGAAAAUUAAAACACUACUAAAUAACCAAUAAGCCAACAAAAAAACAUAAAUAUUAGAGAAAAAAAUCAAGAUGCAUAAAAAUGAAGGUACAACAACCCCAAACUUUGGGGCUUCCAUGAAAGCAGUGAUAAGAUAUAAAUUUAUAGAUGAAAAGGAUUACGUUAUAAAAGAAGAAAUAUCUUAAAUCAAUUUAACUUUCAUGUUAAGACACUGGGGGAAAAUCACGGUAAACCAGAAUUAAACAGAAAAGGUAAAUAAUAAAAAAUAGAGUGAGAAUUAAUCAAAUGGAAAAGAGAAAAGCAAUAGGAAGAAUCAAUUAAAUCAAAAGUUGUUUAUUUGAAAGAUCCACAGCAUUGACAAACUUUCAGCUAGACUGACCAAUGUAAGAAGAGGGGAUUACAAAUCAGGAAUGAAGUAAGUAACAUUACCACGAACUUUACAGAAAUAAAAAGGAUUAUAAGGUAAUAUUUUUAACAAAUGUAUGUCCAAAAAUUAGAUACCAUACGUGAAACUGACAAAUUCCUAGAAAGGAACUGAAGCUGCCUUAGAAAUACAAAAUCUAAACAGUCCUGUAACAAGUAAAGAGAAUGAGGUGGUAACUACCACACACACAAAAAAGCACAGACUCAAAAUAAUUUACUGGUAAAAUUUACCAAACUUCUAAAAAAGAUUUUUUUAUAAAUUUUUUUCACGGACUCUUUCAGAAAACAGAAGACGGCCGGGCGCGGUGGCUCACGCUUGUAAUCCCAGCACUUUGGGAGGCCGAGGCGGGCGGAUCACGAGGUCAGGAGAUCGAGACCAUGGUGAAACCCCGUCUCUACUAAAAAUACAAAAAAUUAGCCGGGCGUGGUGGCGGGCGCCUGUAGUCCCAGCUACUCGGAGAGGCUGAGGCAGGAGAAUGGCGUGAACCCGGGUGGCGGAGCUUGCAGUGAGCCGAGAUCGCGCCACUGCACUCCAGCCUGGGCGACAGAGCGAGACUCUGUCUCAAAAAAAAAAAAAAGAAAACAGAAGAAAGAAAAAUUCUCAUCUCAUUUUAUGGGUACACUAUUAUCCUAAUACAAUAGCCAGAAAAAAAAGAAAAGAAAACCAUAAAUAUCUUACUAAUAUAGACACAUAAAUCAUUAACAAAAUGCUAGAAAACUGAACUCAGCAAUAUAUAAAAAGAUUAUAUCCCAUAACAAGGUGGGUUUUAUCCUUGGACUUCAAAUUUGGUUUGACGUCCAAAAACCAAUUAAUAUAAUACACCAGACUUACAAAACCAAAGAUAAAAGUCACUUGAAUAUCUCAAUAGAUAAAGAAAAAUUGCUAUAGAAAUUCAACUACUCUUCCUGAUAAAUACACUCAACAAGCUAGGAAUAAAACAGAGCUUCCUCAGCCUGAUGAAGAAUAUCUGUUAAAAAAAUACAUGGCUAAAUUUAUGCCUAAUGUUGGGUGUAAGAUCAGCAACAAGACAGGGAUGUUGGCUUUCAUAAUUUCUACUCAGAAUUGUAGUGGUGGUAGGCAACCACAGGGAAAAAAAAAGACUUUUAUAUAGGAAAGGAGAAAGUAAAAUUGUCUCUAUUCACAGAUGACAAGUGCUGGACUGGAUGUGGGAAAAUGGAAAUCUCCAUACAUGCUAAUCGGAAUAUAAAAUUGUGCAUCUACUUUGGAAAACAGUUUGCAGUUUCUCAAGUGAAAUUUGUAGAUACCAUAGGACAUCACAUUUCUAUUCCCGUGUACAUACCCAAAAUAAAUGAAAACAUGAUCACACAGAAAAUUUUUGAUGAAUGUUCAUAGCAGCAUUAUUCAUUAAAGUAAAAAAAUGAAAACCACACAAAUGUUGAUGAACUGAUGAAUGGAUAGAAAUACGGUAUACCUAUAGAAUAGAAUAUUAUUUGACAAUUAAAAUGAAUAAAUUAUUGACACAUAGUACAACACAAACCUUGAGAACAUUAUGCUAAUUGAAAGAAACAAGUCAGAGAGAUGAAAUAUUGCAUGACUUCAUUUAUAUGAAAUGUUCAAAACAGGCAAAUUUAUAGAGCUAGAAAUACAUUAGUGAUUGUCUAGGAUUGGGGGUGAGAAAGAAUGGGAAGUGACUGCCAAUGGCGUGAAAUUCUUUUUUGGGGUAAUGAAAAUAUUCUAAAAUUGAUCAUGGUGAUGUAUGCACAAUUUUGAAUGAAUUUUACCCAUUAAAUAUGUGAAUUAUAGGGCACAUGAAUUGUAUCUCCAUAAAAUGUGUUAUUUAAAAUUCUAUGGAGUACAGACAGUGAAAACACAUUCACUGGCAUGCCUGCUGUCUGGAACAAAGCAAAAUGUACUAACAAGCAUAAUAAUAAAUUGUAAGGAAAUUGGAGGAGUUUAUAUCAAAUUUUUAGAGACAAACUAGUGUAAACACUCUAGUAUAAUUGUACUUAUGUGUACAAUUGUAUAAUUUCUAUUAAACCAAUUGUAUAAUUGUAUAAUUUGUACUUACAAAUCAUUUGUAAGUACAUCAAUUAUACAUCAAAAUAAAUCAAUCACAUAAUUUGUACUUAAUUGAGCAGGUGUGUAAAAAGCCACUAAUAUUCUCUUUAUUCAAUAUGCCUUAUUUAUUUAUUUCAGUAGCCAAAGAUUUUGGAGUAUUUAUAGUUUCAUUUGUGGCUUCAGUUCCAUAGUCAAUUUAUUCAAUAAGUUCUUCAUUUCCUUAACUAUUAAUCUACUUCCUGGAGAAUUUCCAGUUUUACCUCUUGCUGUUUAGGAAAUCAUAGAAAUGUAAGUGGUUUGAUUGUAAUCAAUACAAUUUUGUUUUGUCUUAUGUAACCACAGGAUUACACAUGAGUUUUAUAUGUGAGAAUUUUUUUUAUACCAAAGGUAGGAUACUCAACGUCAGAUAGCUUACCUUAUUCCUCUGUGUUUUCUUAAUACAUGGUUCAGAGACAUAUUCAAUGAAAUUUUGAGGAAUGAACAAAUAAAUGGCUCCAUAAACAAAAAUUAUAAUUACAACACAUGAAGGUAAACUUGUGUAUGAUUUUCACACAUCAUAAUAUAAGCAGCUGCCAAAGAAUGAGAAAAGUACAUACAGAUUAGAGAAAUUACAAAGGACUGAAUUAAAAUAAAAACAAAACGUACCCUGGUCUUUAAAGAAUUAGUUAUACUUAGUCUAUAAAGGCAAUUAUUAUUUUAUGAAGAAAUCAAACUCUGUGUCACAGAAUAUAGGAUUAAUGAAGAGUUGUUCCUCUUCUCCUUGACCAUAUCUGGCCCGUUCUCUUUCCAAAUUCCUGCUCUUUUGUGUGCGAGACGGGAAGAUCAGAGACCAUUUAGGGGAGAUUAGAAAGGCAAACUCACAGAAGCAGAGUGGAGGAGUGGUUGCCAGGGGCUAGGGGGAUGGGAGAAAUAGGGAGAUGUUAGUCACAGGGUACAAAUUUUUAGUUAUUAGCUGAAUAAGUUAUGGGAAUCUAAUACACAACAUGGUGACUGUGGUUAUUUACUGGAAAUUUGCUGUAAUAGUAGAUCUUAAGUGUCUUCACACAAACACACUGACACACAGUUGUAACAAUGUGUGAUUGUUAAUGUCUGAAUAUAAUGUAAUCAUUACAUAAUGUAUUCAUAUAUAGAAUCAUCGCAUUGCACAUUUUGAAUAUAUUCAAUUUUUAUUUGCCAAUUAUACCUCAAUGAAGCUGGAAGAAUGAAAAAAAAUGCAAAAAAAAAGGGCCUGGUUUGAAAUUUUGAAAUCACAGCUCUUUCAUUGAGUGCUGUCAUGCAAAUUUCAUGACGUCUUUACAAUUUACAGUA